GGACGCCUUUGUGUCUGUUUUCUUCGCAUUCCCACUAUAAGUACGGUUUACGGGGCGACGUAGCGUCUACGACGCGGCGAUGUUUGCGCGACGCCGCGGUAAAUGUGCGUGAGGGCAGUGUCGUGAUAAAGAGUCGUGCCCGAGGCCAGUCGUGACCGACGUGGAAACGCGUCCAACCAAGUAGGCCACCGUGUAGCCCCGCGGAUGACAAUUGAGCGAGCAUCGCCCGGACGACGGUGUAUUCGCGGUGAGUCCCGCGGCGAGGAGCCGCCGCGCCAGCCGCCACGCCAUCCUUGAGGAUCUGCCGGCAGCGAGGGGCGACGCGGGGCCGCGAAACGCGCCCGGGCCUCCCGCCAAAACGCGGACAGCAACGGAACGGCGGUCGGCCAACGUAAAUAGUACGGUGCUCGUGGCGUUCGUGGCCCGGAGGAGGAUCUCGCGAGCACCCCCUCUCCUUCUCGCUGCAGCUGCACCUGGUCCCCACAGACGAUACAGUGUCGCGCGACGUAUAACGCUGGAUGGUUCGCGUUAAUGCAGAAAAGGAAGACAAAGUGUUAAUAAACAUGGAUCAUUUAUUGGAGGACCCACGAGCUUCAUCGAAAUUCGGUUGAAACUCCUAUGGUGCAACAUGGGAACUUAAAAAGGACUUUGUGAAGUUCCCAAUAAUUGCCUUAGGGCUAGUGUUUCUUCAAAGAGGAAUAGAAAUUAUUCCGUUCAACGGUGAAACAUUUGUGUCGGUAUGUCCUGAGAUGCGUAGUGACAAAAUUUUAACGAUGAUUUAUUUAGACGUUUGUGUAAUCAGUGCAUUAAGACACGUACUAUUGAUUUAUAUUUACUGCAUAUCAUGAACAAGUAUUUGUAGCAUGCCUGUGCAGUGCUCAGCGCAUCGUACUGUCCCACGAGCCCCAGGCGACACUUAGGAACGCUAAAAUUGAUUUGGUUUCCUCCUCUUUUGUCCAGGCUGUAAUGCCAGAACAAAUCAAACUCAAAAUGAAUGGGGUUGUACCGAGUGUGCCAAUAACUACCCUCGCUGGUAUUGCGAGUCUCACCGACUUGUUACCUGAAAUGCCCCUACCGACUCCGCUGCCACAGACUCUGACUAACAAGUCCUUGCUGUUUCAUCCACGAGUGGCCGAGGAGGCGCGAAUAUUGCUGAGCGUUCGCGACGAGAAUCUCGUGCCGCAGUUGAUUCUGUCUCUGUCGCAGACCUCGGCGGAUCACAUCGAACUCAAGGACAAUUACGCGAGUGCGGAACAAUCGCUGGAGACCGAGCAGGACACGCCCGAGCUGCUGAAAGCGAUCUUACAGAUAAAUCCACAUGUAUUCAAGGGACCGCAGCACAACUCACCGAGAAACUGGACGCAGGGUACGCCUAUGCUGCACGCGAAUCAGUCGCCGGCGAACUAUGGCCGUUUCUCGCCGUCCUAUUCGAGCUCUUCAGGGUCCAGGCAAACGCCGCAAGGUAGUCCGGCUCAUUCUGCGGCCGCCAGGACUGUACUUCCGCCGCCAGUGGCGGCCACCGGCAUCUCCCAUGCGCAACAUCCGCGGAUGCCGAUCACGCCGCAGAAUCACGCGGACAUCUCGCAGAUGUCCCCGUUCGCUGUGCCUUCUCCGUCGCCCCGAGGAAACGUGAUGACCGAACAAACGAGAACGCUGACGACGCCCCAACAUAUGCAGGAGGACGCGAACUGCAUAAAUCCCAUGUCCAACGUAGCCCUUCAGCCGAACAUGUACUCACCGGCCCACAUAAGUCCUCCGAAUGCGCCUUUGACGUCACUCGGCAACGUGACGCCGCAGCAUCAUAACAUGGCUGGUAUGACGCCGCAGCACAACAUGCACAUGGCGUCUCCCAUGCACACGAACAUGCCGCUGCAUCCGGCCAUGGGGAUGCAGCAGAAUCUGUACGAUCCGAUGAUGAAUCAGCAGGUGCAUCACGCGUUGGGCAGCGGCCAGCCGCUGGAUAUCGACAGCGCGGUGCAGGAGAAUCAGCAGUUCCUUCUCGACCCGGUGACCGGUCUUCCCGACAUCGAUCUGUCGAUCGAGAAUAUCGACGCGAGGCAAAGCGUGGAUCACCAUGCGGUGCAACACAUAUUGCCGACUCCGCCGACCACGUCUUAUCCGAAUAUCCACGCCGCCGACAUAGUCAACGCUUUAGACUCCGCAGCGAACGGGUCGUCCAGCAUGCAGCAUCAGCAGAACAACAAUUCGGAGAAGGGUAUGAAAGUGCCGUUGACGGAAAAGCUGAAGGAGCCGGUCGUGAUGUUGAACAGAAUAUCGUUGGCGGACCAGGCGCUCAUGCAGAAGAGCCUGACGGCGUUCGCGGAGAAGUCGCCGAGUCGCGCGGCGAAGAUGGGGAUCUCGAACCGCGACGACGCCAAGACCGACUCGGAGAGCGAGGAGGAGAUAGGUAAGAACAACAAGUACUUCAAGGCGCGCGCCAAGGAGCGGCAGGUGCAACGGGAGAAGGAGCGGGCGGAACGGAGGAAGAGCGAGGACAAGCGGAGGCGGAAAAGGAUAACGGACGAGGACGAGGAGGACGAGAAGCGGGACGCGGCGUUCUCGCCUACGAAACCAAAAAUACGCAAGAUCGAGAAGAAGCUAGUGCCUGUGUUAGCGAAAUUGAGCGUGGAGGAGCUGAUGGAGACCAAUAUGUACCAGCGAUUUAACUCCACCAUAGAGACCAUCUUCGAGAACACCGAGGACGCCAUGGCGAACGCCGAUACGGAGGAUGACGGCGACGUGCCCCCGGAAAUGCUCAUUCCCAAGUAUCAGCUGCACGACCUUUGUACAGAAGCGGCGAAACUCAAGACCCUCGGCGCCAUGGAGUCCAUACCCACGGACAAACUGGUGAGACUGUUGAACAUCUUGGAGAAGAACAUACGGGACGGCGCGAGGGUGUCGCCGCUCGUAGACCCGGACGACGACGUCGAGGAAGGUCGGCUGUGGAUGCAGCUGGCCAUGGAGCGGGUGCAGCGUGCCGUGGACGCCUCACUGAUAGCGCUACACAUUAUGACCUCUAGCAAUAUGCCGAAAACGGUUUACCUGGAAGACGUGAUCGACCGAAUAGUCCUUUUUAUGAAGUUUCAGUUGCAGAACACGAUCUAUCCCUCCUUCGACCCUGUCUACAAGACGGACACGAAGAACAAGACUGAAAAUUAUAAUUCUAGCGGGCGAAAGAAACGCGGCCACAUGAAGGAGGUGCGUGAGAAGAGCAUCCUGCAGGUCUACAACAAGAUGCACGAGCUGGUGGGUCUUCUGGCCGAGCUGCUGAACAUACAGGUUCUAACGGACACAAGUGUUCUUCACGCCUCCUCGCUGGGUGUCGCGCCGUUUUUUGUCGAGUCGGUGAGCGACCUCCAGUUGAGCGCGCUGAAACUCGUCACCAUAAUAUUCACCAAGUACGAGAAGCACCGGAGGUUGCUGCUGGACGACAUCUUGGCGUCUAUAGCGAGAUUACCCAGCAGCAAGAGAAGCUUGCGCACGUACAGGCUGAAUUCGGAGGACCACAUACAGAUGCUGACCGCGCUGGUUCUGCAGCUCAUCCAAUGCGUGGUGGUGCUGUCGGACAAUGCUCUGUCGUACUCGAAAACGAAGGAGGACGACGAGAAGAAGGACGACAGGCGGUCCAGUCACGUGGACGCCGACGUAUUUAUCAUCAACCGAUACGAGACCGCCACGAGAAUCGCCGGGAAUUUUUUAACGGUGUUCCUCAACAAAUGCGGCAGUAAGGGCGAAGAGAUCGAUUACAGGCCGUUGUUCGAGAAUUUCGUGCAAGACCUGUUAGCGACGGUGAAUAAACCCGAGUGGCCGGCCGCCGAGUUGCUCUUGAGCCUCCUCGGCAAUCUGUUGGUGGGUCAUUUCUCCAACAAAGGUUCCGACAUGUCGCUGCGAGUGGCCUCCAUCGAUUAUCUCGGCGUGGUAGCGGCUAGAUUGCGCAAGGACGCGGUCAGUUCGCAAUGCAAACUGUCGACCAUCGAUCAGAUCAUAAGAGACAUCAAGCUCGAGCAGCAGAAGGACUCGGAUUACGAUCAGAUCAAGGACAAGGACAUCGUGGGAUUGAACGAAGAGGAGGAGAGGACGGUGUUCUUGCAAAAAGUGCUCCUCGACUAUCUGGCCGUCAACGGGACGAAGGACUCCGCUCUCGGGUACGCGCGUCACUUUUAUCUGGCGCAGUGGUAUCGGGACUGCGCGCUGGAGAAGUCUCGGGUGGGUCAGAUGAAGAACAGCCCGAGCAAGAAGAUGCAUAAGAAACGGACGAAGAAGAAGAACCGGCACCACAACAGCGACCAAGACACCGAGUCCGAAUUGGACGAGCAAGACCCGGACGAAAACGACAAUAACGAGCAGAAGAACUCGGAGGCUUACAGGAUCAUCGAGGAGAAGAAGAAAUACAUCGUCAGCAGAAUAAGGCCGUGCAGCACCGGGACAAAGCUGGACAUUCUUCAGACGUACAUCGAUUACAAUUCCGCGGAGCUGAUCUCGCAGUAUCUCGCGUCGAAACGGCCGUUCUCGCAGAGCUUCGACAGAUACCUCAAGCAGAUCCUCCACGUAUUGACGGAAUCGUCGAUCGCUAUUAGAACGAAGGCCAUGAAGUGCCUGACGAUGAUCGUCGAGGCUGAUCCGAGCGUGCUGGCGAGGGUGGACAUGCAGCUGGGCGUGAAGCACUCGUUUCUCGACCAUUCGACGUCCGUGCGAGAGGCGGCGGUUGACUUGGUGGGCAAAUUCGUCCUAAGCAGGCCCGAGCUGAUCGACAAGUAUUACGACAUGCUGUCGGCCAGAAUCCUCGACACCGGCGUGAGCGUGCGUAAGCGCGUCAUUAAGAUUCUCAAGGAUAUUUGUAUGGAAUGCCCCGAUUUCCCGAAGAUCCCGGAGAUAUGCGUGAAGAUGAUCAGGAGAGUGAACGACGAGGAGGGCAUCCGCAAGCUCGUUAUGGAGGUGUUCCAGAACAUGUGGUUCACCCCGGUGAGAGAGCGUCCGACCCUCGACUCCGAAUCGUUGUUGAGGAAGGUCAUGAACAUCACGGACGUCGUGGCGGCCAGUAAGGACAUGGGGCUCGAGUGGUUCGAGCAGCUGUUGGUGAGUCUCUUCAAGCCGAAGGAGGACAAGGACGACAGCACAAAGAUGCAAACGGAGCCACCACGGGCUUUGCUGACGGCCUGUCGGCAGAUCGUGGACUGUUUGAUCGAGAAUGUGCUGCGGCUGGAGGAGACGAACUUUGAGGAUACGGAGAAAUCGAAGAGAAAGGGCUCGUCGCAGAGGCUGGUCGCCUGCCUGACGACGCUCUAUCUCUUCGCGAAGAUCCGGCCGCGGCUGUUGGUCAAUCACGCCAUCACCUUGCAGCCUUACCUGAGUCUGAAGUGUCAAACGCAGGGCGACUACCAGAUCAUCAGCAGCGUCGCUCACACGCUCGAACUGGUCGUGCCUCUGAUGGAACACCCUAGCGAAACUUUUUUAGCGCAGUUGGAGGAGGACUCUGUGAAACUAAUCUUGCAGCACGACAGGUCGGUGGUCGCGAGCUGCCUGUCCUGCUUAGGCUCCAUAGUCAAUAACGUAACGCGCAAUUUCAAGCUAAUACGAGACUGCUUCAAGAAAUAUUACGGACACUUGACGGAGUACAAAUCGUUCUACGAGAGGGAUCCCACGAAUCCCAUGCUGCUGAAAUACAGGCCGUUCUUCCGGAGAGCUUUGUUCACGGUCGGCUUGUUGCUGCGUCACUUCAACUUCAUGGAUCCGGAGGUGAUAGAAGGCCUGGCGGAGAACAUCAAGGACCAGGUCUUCGAGACGCUCAGCUACUUCGUUCACCUGGACAACGACGACAUUCGACAUUUCACGCUGUCGGCCAUCGGCUCCCUCUGCAUACGGCAUUACGAGUUCAUGAUGCUGCCGGAACUGAAGGAGCUCUACCAUCACCUGCUCACGUCGGAGCACGCGUUGGUACACAUGCGGAUCCAGGUGCUAAAUAAUAUCGAAGUGUAUUUGCAGGAGGAAGAGAAGCGGAUGAUCAAGCAAGACCUUGAGUGGGCGAAGUUGUCGAAGCAGGAGAACCUGAAGGAGAUGGGCGACGUGUCGUCGGGCAUGGCGAGCACCGUUAUCCAGCUCUACAUCAAGGAGAUCCUCGAGUCCUUUCUGCACGUCAACAUAAACGUGCGGCACGCAGCACUGAAGGUCAUCCAGCUGAUCCUGGCGCAGGGCCUGGUGCAUCCCGUCCAGAUAGUGCCCUACUUGGUCUGCAUGAGCACCGACUGCGAGAAAGUGGUCAGUCACAGCGCGGACAAGCAGUUGCAGGACAUCGAGAAGAAGUAUCCCGGCUUCAUCCACAUGAAGUCGCAGUUCGGCAUCAAGCUGAGCUAUCGGCUGCAGAAGAUCCUGCAGAACGACAUCACGGUGAGGGGCAUGCGGGUUAAGGAGGGUGAGUUCCCGGGCGCUCUCAAUGGCUUCCUCUACACGAUAUUGCGCAACACGAAGCAGCAGAGGCGGGCGAUCGUGCUGUCCUUUCUCAAGCACUUCGACGAGACCGCCAAGACCAGCCUGUCGCAGAUGCUGUACCUGGCAGACAAUCUCGCCUACUUUACAUAUCAGGUGCAGGACGAGCCGCUGUUCAUUAUCCACCACAUCGACAUCAUCAUCUCCAUGUCCGGCACGAACCUGCUGCAGUCCUUCAGGGAAGCGCUGCUGCCGAAGGAAAGCAGCGCGCAGCCGCAGAGCGCGUCGACGCAGACAUUGGGCCCGGACGGUCAACCGCGACCGGAGCAAUUGCUGUCACUGGAGGAUGAGGAGGACGACGAGGAGGACGAGGAAGCUCUUCUGGCUAGGUUACCAGGCGACACCACUCUGCUCAGGGAGUACGUCACCGCCAGUCAAGGCUUCCUUCUUCUGCUGACGUUGCGACAGCAUCUCAAAGAUCUCUAUGGCUUUUCCGACGCGAAGAUCGGCCAGUACUCGCCCUCGGAAGCGGCCAAGGUGUACGAGAAGACGGUGAAUCGUAAGAAUAAUCUGCAGUUCGAGCCUAAGGCCACGCUUCAGAGGUUACGCGAGGGCGUGACCAACGAGGAGCUGGACGCAGACGGCAGGAAGAAGCUCGUGAAAGAGUAUCUCGACUUCAAGCAGCUCAUGCUCAAGUUCGAUCCCGAGGAGCCGGAGGACGACGGUUGCGGCAACGACGUCCACGCGGACACCAGCAAGCAGGCCGGGGAGCACACGACCCAGAGGUUACUGUCGCAUCCGGACGCCGACGGUAGCGGCAGGACGAUAGCGGACACUAGUGUCGCGAGUGACAAUGUUCUGGCAAACGUCGCCGGCCAGCAGUACCAGUCGCUGCCAACGCCGCAGUCGAACUUGAACUCCGCUCCGAUGGAGCAUCCGAAUAACUCGGUGAAUUCGCUACAGGCUGUGGCGGCGGUGGCGCCUGUGACAACGCCGACGACACCGCGAGUCCCUAAACUGACGAUACACGCCCAUCCGGACGCGAAGGAACACCGUAAGCACCGCGCGCAUAAGACGGACAAGGUGAGGAAGCACAAGAAGAAGAAGAGGAGAAGAAUCUCCGACAGUAGCGACAGUGGCGAGGACUACAGUGACCCUGACUUCCUCGUGUGAGUGCGGUGGUACAUCUCGUCCUGUGUGUACAUAUAUAUACGCGUCAUGUCCGUGAUGGUGCGUAUGUGUGUGCGCGCGCGCCUGCUUGCCUGCGUGUGUGUAUGUGCGUGCCGGCCGGGCGUGGACUGAACACUGAAGAUAGACGACGCUAGUAUAGAGUAACGCUGUUACAGUGCGAUGGUCCCUUUGCCCCCCUGUUCCCCGAAAUGACCCCCAGCCCCGUCGAAGUUAUGCUGUGACUUUGAAGACGGUGAAGUCGUUAGAAACGCUUCGGCUGAGAGACCGCUUGGAGAACCGCAGUGAUGAUGUGGGAAUGCGUGCGAGCGAGAGAAAGAGGGAGAGAUCCUCGAUAAGAAUGAUAGCCCGAGAUUUUUAAGCGCGAUCUAACGUCGAGUUAGGGAUAACGUUGUUGGCCGAAACGGCUGGCGUCCGUUAGGUUUAUCGAUCCGCUGUGCCGUUGUUAUCGAGAUCGGCUCGUUAAAUAUUUCGUGCGACCGACGCGGUGCUUGGUUCGCUACGGAUUGGCUUCUUCUUCUUCUCCUCGGAGAAGCGGAAGCUUCCUGGGUGGCUUCCGGCUGCGGUUCGCGCGAUUCCGCUGAGAUAGCGGGGACGGCCGGACGAGCUCCCGGGUCGUGAACUCGUAUCCGAGAAGAUACCGCGAAGCAAGUUCCGCGGAAGAACUCAAGUACAAUAAAUUACGUUCGAACAAAAAUUCAUCUGUAAAUAAUAUCAUAUAGUGACGGCUACGUGGUACGGUUGUUGGUUAGCUUCUUUUCGCGAAGAAAGAAAUUUGUGUGAAGAGAGAGAGAGAGAGAGGAAGAGAGAAAGAGAGAAAGAGAGUAGCGCCAAGAACUGGAGAGAAAAGGAAAUAAACAAUAUAUAGUUCGAUCGGUCUCGAUAAGAUUCGUCGUUGCUCCCUCUUCCUUCCUUUUUCGAGAGUGAGACAAGCAAGUACUGCUUAUCUCGAUGAUGCUAAUUUACCAGAGUUCAGUUCUAUCCUAUAAAUCUUAACUGAAGUAAAAAAUCGGAAGUAAAAAAGCGCAUAAAACCCUCACUUCCUGUUGUUUGACAAUUUCUAGUACAAUACUUUUAUUAAAUUACUCACUCGAAGUUUUCAAAGAAAUCGGUAUUGUCGGUAUAAGCGGGAAUUGCUGUUGUUAAGAGCGAUACCAAAUCGAAAGUUCGCAAGAUUUUGGCAAACGACACGAAUCGAACAUCGAUGUUAGGCGGACCCGUAUAGACCCUCCCCGCGGUAUAUAUAAUAGAGGUGUGUAGCAGGACUCAUUGCCUAUGCAUUACGAAAUGUUGUUUGUAAUAUCUGUAUAUAAAAAUCUUCAAGUAAAGUAUCUUAUUUUCUUACAAACUAUAUAGCGGUGACAUUACGAAGAAAAUACUUAAGAUUUCGUUGUAAUAUUAAGUAUUUAUUCAGGAUUCAUGUUGUCCCAAUAUAGUUUGCUUCGCGCACUCACUCGUCCUUGGUGGUACGAAACGACGAAAACGACAAAAGAAAAAAAGAAAAAAAAAGAAACAGACAAAAGGUAUCGUUUUUAUACAAGCUUAGAGGUAACGAUAGUUGCGUAUUCUCGACGAAAAGCGAAAAGCGGGACCUCCUAACGGCGUUAAGAGACGCGGCUGAAAUUCACGGUGUGUUUUGUGAAGUAUGGUGCGAUCCUAAACAUCUCCAUGAGAAGACUCGCUGACUCUUUAGUUCGCAUUGGCACCUCUGCCGCCCCUUGGAACUCUCGCGGAGUUCCGAGGAAAUCCGCGACCUCGGGAUGCCUCAAUCGGGAAUCUGAGGAUUGAGAGAAACUUCCGUAAACCUGAAAAUAUACCAAAUGUGCUUAUGAGAUAUAGUCUACACACACAUACAAAAUGCAGAUAUUUGCUCGAAGAGUGAUCGAGACAUUUCCAGCUACCACCAUCUAUACGAAAUCUUAACGAAUGAAUCCGCCUUUGGGAUUGCACUCUUCGCUCUCGUCUCCGUUUCCACUGUUAAUGUGUGCGGCGGUCGUUACCGCGCCCGAGGAGAAAUGCGACGAAAAUUGGUCGAAUAAUAUUCGAAGUGUUUCUCUCUUUUUUCAUCGUGCUUGUAAAUUCGAACGUCGAUCGAUAUCAGGUUGAGUGGCAGCUGCGACCUCGUGAAUCGUGGAAGGAUUUUGUAUUCGUGAUUUUCUUUCCAUCUCUCGCGGUGAUUAGUCUUUUUAUACGUUUAUAGGUCACACACACAAGCGAGGCGCGAUGAAAAAAGGGAGAGAGAGAAAGGGAGGAAAUUAGAAAAAACGAAGGCGAAAUCCUCGCGUUUCUCUUACGAGAUGCGAGUGCGAGAUGGGCCGCGGUCCGACUAAAUCAAACUUGAACACCACUUAGACAUAUUCGAUAUAUGACGAGAGAGAACUUCAGGAUACCGGAUAAGAAUAAUAGUGAUUUAUUAUAUCUUAGGUCACUAAUCGAGCGCGCGCAUCUCUUCGGUCUGGAAACGGAGACGACGACGACGAUUCGAUCGAACGAACGCUUCCGUGCACGUACUGAGUCUGCUUUCGUUUCCUCGCGGCAUUACGAAACGAUAUACGCAUUGUAACGAACGCUCCGAGGUAUUCGUUGUCCAUUACGUUGAUUAGUGUAACUAUCGAUUGCGCGCAAGCCUUUAUGUUUUUUAAGUCAUAUAAGAGAAGUGAUUGGAGAGGCGAUUGAACGGAUGAUGUUGCACACUGAAAUUUAUAUGAUCUCAUGUUUUCAUCUAUAUUUCGUUUUUUUCUCGCAGGAAAGUAAAAGUGUCGAUGAAAUUUUUAUUGGACGCGGUUCGAUCACCUGUGAAUUUUCUUCGCAGAGAAUUACAGAGGCAGAAAAAUGAUUAGAUUUUUAUCUAAUAUCAAUGUUCAUUCAGUUUUACCGUUAUUUAUUCAUGUAUAUUUUCAACUCCCCGUGUCAGCUUCCGGUGUCAGUAUACACAGCUAUGAGACUUAUUUUACAAUUUGAUUAAAUCCCGAGAUUUUUCCGAGAUUCCAGGGCGAUCUGUCGUGAAAGAAGCAUAAUUUGUUUUGCGUUUCGAGGGAGUGUUUGUACGAUCGCGCGUCAACACGAUGCAUUUAUAAUGUUCGACCGCAAGGGAAUUUCCGCACCGUGCGGAUUCGAUCGCCGUGGAUCCGCGUGAAAACUUAAUUAACGAACGCAGGGUCUAGAAGGUACGUUCUCACGUCCUUGAUUUAUGAUAAAAACUCGCGCUCUUUAUCGAGGCCCAGAUGUACAUCCGUCUAUAUCACGUCAAUAAAUCUGGCAGUAAAACAUAUAUGAAUGCAUUCAUCUAGCUUUAAGGAUGCGCGCCGGCGGAAGUAUACGUGGCGAUUUCACUUCUCUGCAAGGGGAGGACAUUUUUGUUAUUCUCUUUUUUUUGGCUCGCGAGAGGAAGUUUUUCCAGAAUUAUCUCGUACAAAUAAAACGUAAUCACGUGAAACUACACUUAUUUUUUCUACAUACAAGCGAGUAGAGGCUCUCUCGAAAGAAAGAAAAAUAUGUUUUUUUCUUUUCAACGAAUGCCGUAAACCGUGUGCGAGAGCGAGAGGAGAUUGACGUGUGUUUUCGGGAGGAGUCUAUUUGUAGAAUGCGUUUAAUUAGAAAGUAACGGGCCAUGUGCGUUUCUGGCGAUUAGACUAGUGAAAUUUGGUUGCUAAGCGUAACGAAUUUCUUUUUUUUUUUUUUAAAGAGGGAGAAGAAAAGAGAG